GUCCGUUCCACGCUGCUGUCUCGUGAAUGGGUCAAGACCAAAAAAAACAAACCCAUCCGGUCCCUCUGUUUUAAACGGGUCGCCACAUACCCCUCCGUUCAUUCUGGACAGUCAGGCAACGGACCCGCCACGCGCCCGACGGAUCAAGAACUCUCAAAUUCGGGGCUUUGAUCACCGAGGCCUUGGGUGCGUUCGAAGCGUCCCGGACUGCGUGUGUCAGUCGAGGCAGCUGUUUAGGGCAGGAGAAGAACUUGACGAGCCACAGCUCAACGUGUUGCUGGCAGAGUCAUGACCCUGAGACCAGCCAAUGGCUGCAGACAGCUGACCUUGACCUUUGGCCUGACCCUCGCUCUGGGCCUGCUGCAGUGGCCGAUAGGAGAUGUCCGCGGUCAGGAUGGUGGUCCGUCUCCUGCGCUUGUCCUUCAGGAGCUGCUGGCACGCUACGGUGACAACACCAGUAUCUCCGUCCCUCAGCUCCGAGCGCUCCUCACGCGCUUAAACGGAGACCAUGACGCACAAACACAGCCUGCCAAAGCCAAUGCAUCUCAGUGCUUGGCUGCAGACACUCUGGCAGCGUACGGGAUGAACGAAAAGUCCCGUAUAGAUGAACGAGGCCUGCAGGAAAUCUGCCCUACCAUGAUACAGCAGCUGGACUCACAAGCUUGCAAGAGCCAACAGGACCAAGAGCCCGAGACCAGCCCCAGACCCACUGAUGCUGAGGUGUGGGGCUAUGGGUUCCUGUGUGUGACCGUGAUCUCUCUGUGUUCACUGGUCGGGGCGAGCGUGGUUCCCUUCAUGAGGAAAACCUUUUACAAGCGGUUGCUGCUGUACUUCAUAGCCCUGGCCAUUGGUACUCUGUACUCCAACGCACUCUUUCAACUAAUCCCAGAGGCCUUCGGAUUCGACCCCAUGGAGGAUUAUUACGUGCCCAAGUCUGCUGUUGUGUUUGGAGGCUUUUACCUGUUCUUCUUUACAGAGAAAAUCCUCAAGAUGAUCUUAAAGCCAAAGGAAAGGGGAGGGCAUGGCCACAGUCACUUUCCCGCGGAGCGCUACGCCAGCUCUAAUGGAGAUCUGGAGGACGGCGUGAUGGAGAAACUGCAGAAUGGAGAGGCCGGAGGAGCGUCUUUACCCAGGCCGGAAGGAGACGCCAGAGGCCUUGCUGAAGACGACAAGAUGCUCAACACUGGCCAGACGGUACAGGACUCUCAGAGCUCGGGCGGAUGCUAUUGGCUGAAGGGCAGGGCGUACUCUGACAUCGGCACUCUGGCCUGGAUGAUCACGCUGAGCGACGGCCUGCACAACUUCAUCGACGGUUUGGCCAUCGGAGCCUCCUUCACCGCUUCUGUGUUUCAGGGCAUCAGCACGUCGGUGGCCAUUCUGUGCGAGGAGUUUCCACACGAGUUAGGGGAUUUUGUAAUCCUGCUCAACGCUGGCAUGAGCAUCCAGCAGGCGCUCUUCUUUAACUUCCUGUCAGCGUGCUGCUGUUAUCUGGGCAUGGGCUUCGGCAUCCUGGCUGGGAACAACUUCUCUCCUAACUGGAUCUUUGCUCUGGCCGGGGGCAUGUUCCUCUACAUUGCGCUGGCUGAUAUGUUUCCGGAGAUGAAUGAGGUGAGCCGUGAGGAAGAGGAGGCCGGAGGAAGUGGCUCUCUGGUAACGUUCGCCAUCCAGAACGCAGGGCUGCUCACGGGCUUCGCCAUCAUGCUUAUACUGACCAUCUACUCUGGACAGAUACAGCUUGGAUAGCAGAGAACCUAACUCCGACGCUAAAAGACUAUCUCAGCAACCCGGACCGAAACCCUGAGAUGGACUUCAACGUGAGCCGGCUGUGCUGUGCUCGUUUUAAACCAUUUGCCCAGCUGGACUAGGUCACGACAGAAAUGACUAAAUGUUUCGGCCGUAGUUUGGGCUCCAAAUAAACCCCGGACCGUCGAGAUAAGGCUAGAAUUGACCGACCUGCGAACCUUUGCUUUAGAUUCACCCGAAACCCGGGACUUACCGAUGGAUGAGCUGCCCUCCGGUUCUUCUGCCUCAAAGCUUUGGGACAUUCCCAUCAUUUAAUUCUCCCUCAAAGACGGGCCCGACGGACGGGACGCUUCCUACGCUUCACACCAAAUGGUUUUAUUCAAAAGAAAGAUUCUCAAUAAUGCUAGUUGCCUAGGGACGAGAUGUAGACGUAGACUAGUUAGAUAGCCCUCAUUAUUCUACUAAAACCAAUCUCACUUUAAUCAAAGGUUGCACUGUUGCGUAAAUAGAUUGUAGUUUAGGCACAAAGCGGAGUCCGUUCACCAAUAUAUCUAUUUUUUUCUCCUCAAAUGCAUUCCUUCUUUUUCUCUUGAUGGUUUUCGUUUAACGUCUUCAACAAAAAAAAAGCAGAGACCAGGCUUCUUCCAGAAAAUGUUCCUUUAGCUUUUAUCUUUCUGUUUAUAUGACCAGAAAAAGCGGCGUAUGCUUUCGACACCCUACUUUUUCUUUUCUUUUUCUUUAUUUUUUUUAAACACCCUACCGUAACAUUGCAUAUUAAGUGAUGCAGAAAAUGAUCACACCAGUUAUAAAACUUAUAAAACACUUAUCACUAAACUCUAAAUGCAGUACUCUUCGAAAUGAAAGAAAUAAUUGGGAAACGCAGCAAAGACGUGCGGUGCUGUAGUGUUUCUGCAAUAUGACCAUUCCUUAUAACCUUUGCUUUAUUGCACUACAUCCAACAUUAUUAGAGCUCUUUGCCAAUCAAGCAUCUAGACUGACAAAUCGUUUUCGAUAUCGGUGGAUUUUAAGCUGAAUUUUGUCAUUUCUGCGCCAACGGUUCAGUCAAACGCUGUUCGUUUUCCUUUUCCCGCUGUAGUGUUUCAAUAUUUGAAAUGUUUUUUUUUUUUAAUUCACAGUGUUUAAAUUUUUGUGAAAAAACAUCAACCAACAAAUGGCUUGCCUUAUAUCUAACAUUAUAUUAAAUUAAGAUGAUAUUAUAAGCAAAUUAAGAUGAUAAAAAGUUAUAUAUAUAUAUAUAUAUAUAUAUAUAUAUAUAUA